AUGUCAAAGCGAGUCCGAAGCAGAGAGGUCUGCGCUGAUUGCAGUGCCCCGGAGCCACGGUGGGCCUCCGUCAACAGGGGCGUGCUGAUCUGCGAUGAGUGCUGCAGCAUCCAUCGAGGUCUGGGGCGACACAGCUCUCAGGUCCGACACCUGAGACAUUCUCCAUGGCCACCCUGCCAGUUACAGAUGGUGCAGACGCUUUAUGGCAAUGGAGCUAAUUCCAUAUGGGAGCACAGCCUCCUGGACCCUUCUUCUUCAAUGGGGGGGAGACGCAAAGCCAACCCUCAGGACAGAGUUCACCCCAAUAAGACCGAGUUCAUCAAAGCCAAGUAUCAGAUGUUGGUGUAUGUCCAUCGGAUGCCUUGUCGGGAGGAUGACAGUGUUACCGCAAACGACCUCAGCAAGCAACUCCACUCCAGUGUUCGGACUGGAAAUCUGGAGACCUGCCUACGGCUCUUAUCUCUGGGAGCACAGGCCAACUUCUUCCAUCCAGAGAAAGGGAACACUCCGCUACACAUAGCAGCAAAAGCAGGACAAAUGUUACAGGCUGAACUGUUGGCGGUUUAUGGAGCUGAUCCCGGGGCCCUGGACUCCAGUGGAAAGACCCCCAUUGAUUAUGCAAGACAAGCCGGCCAUCAGGAUCUGGCGGAGAGGCUGGUGGAGAUCCAGUAUGAGCUCACUGACCGCUUAACGUUUUACCUGUGUGGCAGAAGACCAGAUCACAGAAACGGACAACACUUCAUUAUCCCGCAGAUGGCAGACAGAAAUAACAGCUUGGAUUUGUCCGAGUUUGCAAAAGCUGCAAAGAAGAAGCUCCAGUCGCUAAGUAACCAUCAGUUUGAGGAACUCGCCAUGGACGUUUACGAUGAGGUGGACAGAAGAGAAACGGACGCAGUGUGGUUGGUUACGCAGAACCACAGCACUCUUGUAACGGACACCACAGUUGUGCCUUUUCUGCCCGUCAAUCCCGAGUACUCCUCCACCAGAAACCAGGGUCGUCAAAAAUUGGCGAGGUUUAGUGCUCAUGAGUUUGCCACCCUGGUUAUUGAUAUUCUGACGGAUGCUAAGCGGCGGCAGUGGGGAAAUUCCUGCGACAGUCCCAAAGAGAGCGUGGAGUUGAUCCUUCAGGGAAUAGACAGUCGCCAUAACAGUGAAAGCCAGGACAACGACCAACCCGAUUACGACAGUGUGGCAUCCGACGAGGACCCGGUGCAGGAGGCCACCUGCGGGGACAGCUGCAAUGAUAGAAGGACCAAGACUUCUGAGUCAUCUGACCUCUCUGAUGGACCAAUCACAGUGCAAGAGUUCCUGGAGGUGAAGAGCGCCCUCAACGCCUCAGAGGCCAAAAUACAGCAGCUUCUUAAAGUAAACUGUCACCUCAGCGAUGAGCUGCGCAGCAUGCAGAGCAAGCUGAACUCCCUGCAGAGUGAAAACACGACGCUGCGAUGGCAACCCCCCGGCGGACAGCAACCCCUCCAGGGGCCCUCCGGUCGACAGCCGCCCCCCCGCGGAGGUCGCGCCAUGUCCAUGUACGAGACGGGCUCGUCCCCGAGGCCUUACCCCAACCGGGUCGAAGCGGCGAGCCGCCGCGACGACGGAGUCGUCUUGCAGCCCAUCCCGAUCAACAUUGGGAGGGGUCCUUUGGGGACGGCUGCGUCCUCCCUCCCUACCUUCCCCUCUUCCAUGUCCUGGUCGUGGGAUGAGCGGUCUCGAAGGGGCUGCAGUCUGGAAGCUCACAGUAUGAUGCUGGAGAGCGAUUACGACACCACGCCAAACCACUCCGAACUGGAGGACACUGGCAGCCCUCUUCCAGCCUCUGAAGCAGUGGAGCCAGGGGAGGAGGGAGAGGAAGACGCCACCCUGCCGUGCACAGAGGACGUCAUCUGCAAGACGGAGCAAAUCACGAAGAACAUACAGGAGCUUCUGAGAGCUGCACAGGAGACCAAACAUGAGAGCUUCCUGCUUUGUUCAGAAAAGAUCUGCAUGGCUGUGACCGAGAUGGCCGCCCUGUUUCCCAAGCGGCCGUCCUCGGAGACGGUGCGAGGCUCUCUGUGCCUGCUGACCUCCAGUGCCGGCCGGCUCCACGGAGAGUGCCAGAAGGCCGCGGAGCACGACCCCCGCGCGUCGGACAUCCAGCUGGUCACUCAGCAGGUCAUCCAGUGCGCCUAUGACAUUGCCAAAGCUGCCAAGCAACUCGUCACUGUGACAACCAAAGAAAACAACAACUAGUUUAAAACGUGAAGACAAUCUCAAAUACGCCCAGAAGUAUUUAUCAAAUAACUUGCUCAUUUCAAUUCAGUCAGUGUUACCCAGCAUUUUUUUUGGUUUUCCCUUAUUAAUCAGUGUAAGCAUUUAAAUACAUUCCGUGAAUAAAUAUUUUUUUAAAAGAUGUGACCUACAAACUUAGAUUAAAAGCAUUUAUUUUGUCAUCAUUCUUGAUCAUCAUAUAGAGUAAACUUUUGUUACUAUUACUUCCCUUACAAAGAGAUAAGGGGUCACAAAUCCAGCACUAAUCCUGUGUGUGUGUGUGUGUGUGUGUGUGGGUGUGUGUGUGGGUGUGGGUGGAAUGACAACAGCAAGAGGUUGAGCCUUCCACAUCGUGCUUUUCCACGUAGACGUCAUCGUCUGAGCCCCUUGAGGUCGGGUGUCUGGCGUGCCGGUGAAGACUAAAGCCGCGAGACACCCGGCCUCCCAGCUCAUAAAAGAUUCAUACCAGUGUCCAGCGUAGUUUCCCUUUGAACCGUUUUUAAAGAUAUUUAAGAUGCAAUGACAGUAUUUUAAUCUUGAACCAUAGUUCUACCACUUGCUUGAGUUCAACUGUUUGUUUAGUGAGCAAACUGUGGUCUUGAAAGUCCCUUCAGUGCAUUGAGCUCCAUGUAAGGCCGUCGGUACCAAGUGUGCGAACCAUCAUUCCAUCCAGCAGCUGAAUUUACUGUUCUGCAAAGUAUCAGCAGUUAUAAGGUGACAACCAUACUUCUGAUAUUGUGUGUGUGUGUAUGUGUAUGUGGGCGCUGUUGUCACAGAAAUGGCCUCAAUGGCCGCGUGUGAAAUCCCUUUUUCUUUUUUUUAAAUCAAUUUUAAAAGCAUUAUGCAAAUAUAUAAGAUGUACGUAUCCAUGUAAUUCUUUAUCAAAAUAACCCAAAUGCUAUUCUAUUUAUAAACUGUAUGUCAUACCUCUAAGAAAAGAUCAAUGUUUAUUUUCAUAAGCUUCUGUUUAACAUGAUGCUCCUCACAGACCAACUUUUCUUCUGAGGUUUGGGACGUCUCAGCGGGCCACUUGUGCUCUGUGGUUAUUUGGUGUGGUGCUGUAACUCCAGUGUGUUCGAUGCUACCUGUGGUCACAUACGGUUUACAUGUGCUGUUUUAAGUGACUGCGCCCACUGAGGUCCUGUACCUGUUGUAGAACUUUAGCUCUCAAGUGUCGCCUGUUUGUUGUGAGCCAGAUCAGUUUCAACCGGGGUGGAAAGAGAACCAGAAUACGCCGCGUGAGGGGAGAAAAGUUCAUUCUUUUGAUUAAUUGUUCAGUUCUAAAUGAGUGAGGACAGAAAAAAAAUCUUCUGUACAUAUCAUAUACAAAAAAGCACAACUUUACUCACGGUCCACUGUUUUGUGAGCUUGUAACCUACGUUGCACUGAAUUUGCAUUUGUUUUGGAGGGGUUUUUUUCACAAAUAUUUUUUUUUUUUCCCAAGUACUUUUUGUACUUCUGCAAACUAACUUUCAGUAACUAGGUAACGUCCCCUUUACUCCCACUUCAUCUAAAUUUAGCUAACAUUAGUUACCAGACCAAGUAAGACUACUUUAUCACAACUACUUGCGGAAAUGGAUUAAGCAAUGUGUGUUUAUAGAUGAAAAUGUUUUAUUUAUCAUGUCAAAAUGUAAAAGUCACUAUUUAGGACUCUGUCGUAUUCGGUUACUUUCCACCUCUGGUUUCAACCUGGCAUUGCAUUCCCUGUACAGACUGCCUCCCUGCCUUAGGUUUAAAUAAAAUAUCACUCAUACCUCAA